CAUCUUUGAUGUUGAAACUAGGGAGAAAAUCAAGGGUUGAAAAGGUGGAAUAUCAUAUGUUUGAGAAGAACACUUUCUGCAGUGGAGCUGCAUUUGUCCCUAAAGACAAAGGUGUUGAAGAAGAUGAUGGUUGGGCUAUCACGUUUGUUCACAAUGAAGAUACCAAUAUAUCUCAAGUCCUUAUCAUUGAAGCAAAGAGCUUUACCAGCAAGCCUGUAGCCAAAAUCACCUUGCCAUUAAGAGUUCCAUAUGGUUUCCAUGGAUGUUUUAGGCCAAUAUAGCUGCAAAA